ACCACCCCCUCCACCUCCUGCACCAGCGCCACCUCUGCCACCUCCCAUGCAUGUACCAACCCCACCCCCUCCCCCAGCUAAGACCUUCUUCGGUGGAUUUCCACCCCAGACUGCCCCAAAACCAUCUGGCCUGCUAUCAUCUGCUCUGCCUUCUUUCCCACCAGCCCAGCAUCCUGUGCCACCUCCGCCUCCUCCCCCACCUCCUCCCCCGCCUGCUCCAAUGAAAAAGCAGUACAGUCUCUCAUCAAGUAAACCCCCACCCACCCUCCCUAAACAGCACAGCCUCUCUUCCAGAGCUGGGGGAACUUCCUCCACCCCCUCCCUGGUGAAGCAGUUAGUCAGCCAGUUCCCUAAGUCUUCCUUGGCUGCCCCUAAUACUUCUGAUUGCUCAAAGCUCAUGGGGCCACCAUCGCCCCCUGCUGUCAAGGCUAAGCCCAAGUGGCAGCCGGGGGGGCAGCCCCAGCAGCUAUCUCCUGAGUUUCCCCCGCCUCCUCCAGAAGGCAAUUUUGACUUCCCACCUCCCCCUCCUCCUGCACCAGCUCCUCCUGCUCCAGCUCCUCCCCCUCCUCCUGCUCCAGCUCCUCCGCCGCCGCCUCCUCUCCCACCAACUAUGGGGUCGCCGUUGAAGUCCACCCCAUUCGGCAGCGUAGCGAAGAAGCCACCCCCGGCCCCCCACCGCAACACCAGUAUCAAGUUUGGCUCCUCUGAGCACCAGGAGCCAAAAAAGGUGGAGAGUCUGGUGAGUAGGUUCGGCCAGCCAUCUGCAUCUGCUUCACCUGCGUCCUCCUCUGGCCCUCCCUCCAAGGAGCCCUCUGUAGGCCCCAGAGCGCUGCUCAAACCGGGCAAGCUCAACCUCUCCAACCUGCCCCUAGCCCUGCAGGCCUUAGCUGGGCAGAACAGCCAAUCCGGUGGUGACUUCCCAUCUGUACCACUUGAAUGUGACUACUUCCCUCCUCCCCCGCCUAACUUAGAGCGCCUGCCACCUCCUCCUCCGCUCCCAGCCGGCCCUCAGAACGGGUCCCCCAGGGUGGCUGUGGUCAACCCCCAGCCCCAGACCACCUCCCGGGGUAAGAACUCACUAAUGAAGCCCCCCGAGCUCAUGCUGUCCCGCCGCAAAAAUUCCACGCCUGAGCCCCCACACACCUCCCCACCCCCUCAGCAUAUGGUGCCGCCCACUUCCCCCAAAGGCAACUUCCUGGAGGACCUGAGCAGGACUCUGAAGCGCAAGUCUGUCAGCAGGCAUGGCUCCCUGCCCUCCCCCCAGAUCUCGGACCAGCUGGAGCCCAUGGCCACCAUGGAUGACAUGGCGCUCCCACCGCCCCCCCCAGAAGUGCUGCUGGAGCAGAAGCAGGGCAGCUGUGCUUCAGGGAACAUCUCAGGCUAUGCAACGUUGCGCCGGGGGCCCCCGCCUGCACCCCCCAAACGGGACCAAAGCACCAAACUGACUGGGGACUGGUAGCAGUGGAGGCUGUUAAGCCCAGACUGAGAACUGUGGAGCAUAUUUUAGAACUUUCCUCCCCAUCAUAUCCCACCAUGGACUGUGCAGUGUUCUCCUAUUGCAACUAUUCCUAUAAUCCUGUAAAAAGGCAAACCAGACCACCGAUAGGCUUUUCUGUGUAUUUGUGCCGCUCUGUAUUAAUGGUGAUUUCACAAACCAUUACCAAGAAUGACGACUUCUGCAAUAUACUGGUACUGCAUGGAUUCCCCUACAUGUAUGAAGACAGUGACUGGGUCUGUGGAAAAGUGUGUUUAGACUAUGGGCUGAGGCAUCACUUUCAUCUUUGCUUUUAUAUGAAACUAUUUAAUACAUGUGAACUCUCUUGUUUUAUUACAGAGAUGCAUUUUUAAAUCCUGAAGAGAAGAAGCGGAGUCUAGCGGAGCGUAGCGCAGUCUCCGCUCUGCGUUUUGCGCUGCAGAGCUGGAUGGGGAGCAUGUGGCAGGUGAUGGGCUGUGAACUGGGACAGGGGUCUCCCUGUGGCAGUCGCAGGGGCCUGACGCGGUUCCUCCCACAUGUAGUUCAAGUUCAACCUGCUUUUUUUUUUUUUUUUUUUUCCCCUCCUCUUCUCACAAAGGA